AACAAAAGUGAAAGAUUUCAUCGUACAAGACAACCUAAAUCAACUUGGAUUAUAGCAUCUAUCACAUUAAAAUAUUCCAAUAUAGAACUACUAUAGUUGAUAGCUCAUUUGAUGUUAAACAACUUCAAGAAUUCUUUAUAAUUAUUGCAAAAAAGUCAAAAAUAAAAAAUACCCAUCAAGAUUCUUGAAUUUGCAACUGAUAUUUGAUUACAUGAAUUUCCAUUUUUUAUUGAUGAAGGAAUGAUGGAGUAAAUAGUACUAACAACACCAUUUAGAGUGAUGGAGGAGUCAACUACAGUUGAAAUUUCUGGUUCUGAUCCUACAAAUGCUGUGAUCUUUGUUGGGAUUAGUUUGUUGUUGGGAAUUGCUUGUAGACAUGUGUUGAGGGGUACUAGAGUACCUUAUUCUGUUGCUUUGCUUGUUCUUGGUAUUGGUCUUGGUGCUUUAGAGUAUGGAACACAUCAUGGGUUGGGAAGGAUCGGAGAUGGUAUCCGUAUUUGGGCAAACAUAAAUCCUGAUCUUUUGUUGGCGGUUUUCCUUCCUGCUCUUCUUUUCGAGGAAAUGGUUUCGUAUAUUGCAAAUACAUUAAUUUUUAUCUUAAGUGGAGUCGUCAUAGCUGAAGGAAUUCUUGGUGGUGACGAUAUUUUGAAAAUCUACGAUAAUUCGUGGGGCUACCUCAUCCUUCUUUAUGUGCUUAUCAUUGUCUCACGAGCCGUUGUAGUUGGUGUAUUGUAUCCAUUUUUACGAUACUUUGGCUAUGGUUUGGACUGGAAAGAAGCUUUUAUUCUUGUAUGGGGUGGCCUUCGAGGUGCUGUAGCGUUGUCUCUUUCAUUGUCAGUCAAGCGUUCCAGUGAUGGCUCUCAAUACAUCAGUUCUGAUACUGGAACUCUGUUCGUUUUCUUGACUGGCGGGGUUGUAUUUUUGACGCUCAUCAUCAAUGGCUCAACCACACAGUUUGCCUUACAUUUUCUGGGAAUGGAUAAGCUAUCGGCAGCAAAGAAGCGCAUAUUGAACUACACAAAACAUGAGAUGUUGAAUAAAGCGCUGGAAGCAUUUGGUGAUCUUGGAGAUGACGAGGAACUAGGACCCGCUGACUGGCCAACUGUUAAAAGAUAUAUUACUAGCCUAAAUGACGUGGGGGGUGAACCAGUGCAUCCUCAUACUUCAUCUGAAAACGGUGAUAAUGUGGACCAUAUGCAUUUAAAAGAUAUUCGGGUCCGCCUGCUAAAUGGUGUUCAAGCGGCGUACUGGGAAAUGCUCAAUGAAGGCAGGAUCCCGCAAACUAUAGCAAAUCUUCUAAUGCUAUCCGUGGAGGAAGCAAUUGACGUAGUAUCUCAUGAGCCCCUAUGUGAUUGGAAGGGUUUAAGAUCUUAUGUUCAUAUCCCAAAUUAUUACAAGUUUCUUCAAACAAGUUUUGUCCCCCGAAAGCUUGUUACAUAUUUCAGUGUCGAGCGAUUAGAGUCUGCAUGCUAUAUCUGUGCUGGAUUUCUCCGGGCGCAUAGAACUGCACGACAGCAACUAAAUGAAUUCAUCGGUGAGAGUGAAAUUGCUUCUCUUGUUAUCAAGGAAAGUGAAGAAGAAGGAGAGGACGCACGGAAGUUUCUGGAAGAAGUUCGUGUCUCGUUUCCGCAGGUUCUCCGAGUUGUGAAAACCAGACAAGUUACUUAUGCGGUGUUGAAUCACUUGAUUGAUUAUGUUCAUAAUCUCGAGAAGAUUGGUAUAUUGGAGGAAAAAGAGAUGACGCAUCUUCACGAUGCUGUUCAGACCGAUUUGAAAAGGCUUGUAAGGAAUCCACCUCUGGUUAAAUUUCCAAAAGUUCGUGAUUUGAUUAGUUCCAAUCCUUUGUUGGGAGCCCUACCGCCUUCGGUGCGUGAGACACUAAUCGGUUCAACAAAGGAGAUAAUGAAGUUACGUGGUGCGACCCUCUACGAAGAUGGAUCAAGGGCAACUAAAGUUUGGCUAAUUUCAAAUGGUGUAGUGAAGUGGUCGAGUAAGAGUGCGAGUAAUACGCAUCUACUGCAUCCAACGUUUUCGCACGGGAGUACACUAGGUUUAUAUGAAGUGCUUGUGGGAAAGCCUUACAUCUGUGACAUUAUAACGGACUCCGUGGCACUGUGCCUUUCUGUCGACAGUGAGAGGAUAUUUACCGCUCUCCAAUCUGAUCCAGCUAUAGAAGAUUUCUUUUGGCAGGAAAGCGCACUUGUUCUUGCGAAAGUCUUGCUUCCUCAAACGUUUGAAAAGACGACAAUGCAAGAUAUGAGAGCUCUCGUUGCAGAAAGAUCGACUACGAGCGUAUACAUAAGAGGGGAAAGUUUUGAAUUACCUCACCAUUCCAUCGGUUUUCUGUUGGAGGGAUUCGUUAACGCUCAUGGUUCACAUGAAGGUCUUCUUUCAGCGCCUGCACCUUUACUGCCUUCGUCAUGGGAACAACAAAGCUUCCACAACACAGAGACAUCAGGUGUCAAUGCGGCUAGUUUUUCGCAUCAACCUUCUAGGUAUCAAGUUGAGACAAGGGCAAGGGUGAUUAUAUUUGAUGUUGCGGGAUUUCAAACAGGCAGGGGUCUCCCGAGAAGAUCGUCUUCGUUAUUAUCACACUCAAUGGAUCAUGCCUCGAGAUCAUUUAGUAGAGAACUUGGUGGUUUAAUGAGCUGGCCAGAAAAUACUUACAAGGCUAUGCAACGUAGACACGAUGGGGAACAGGCUGGUCAACAGGAAACCAAUAUGUUUACCCGCGCAAUGCAGCUAAACAUCUUCGGCAGCAUGAUAAGCAACACAAGAAGACGUCCGAGAAGUUUUCCUGGAAUUGGUGCAGUUAAAACCUCUCACAGCCAGGGUUAUCAAAAACUGACCUCUCACAGUCAGUCAUAUCCAGGAGUUCGAUCAGAUCGGGCACAGACACUUGUUUCUGUGAGGUCCGAGGGAUCUACCACAUUACGACAGAAGGGUCAAGUGCAAGGAGAUCAGAAUAAAGAUAUUAGUAUACAUCUUCCGAGCGCACCAACGGAAGAAACUCACGCGAUAGAGGACUCGAGCGAUGAUUCUGGUGGCGAGGACGAGCAUCUCAUAAGAAUUGAUUCGGGAAGACCAAGCUUUCCACAAUGGAUCACAGAGGAAGAUAAAGCAUCAUAAGGCAAGCAUUCUGUAAUUUUGUGCAAGCAAGGAUUUCUUCCUCUCGUAGAGGCAGGCCGGACACAAUGUAAUCCGAGCCUUUCCGCGAUGUGAUUAUGAAUACUACUAAGAGCGUUGUUUCGUGUAUCCUUCCUCUGGUCUAGGAUAGUACCGUUCGGAGUGAGGCCGGACACAUUGUAAUCUGAGCCUUUCUACUAUGUGAUUAUGAAUACUACUGAGAGCAUUGUUUCGUGUAUCCUUCCUCUGGUCUAGUGUAGUAUGCUGUCGGAGUGAGGCCGGACACAAGUAAUCCGAACCUUUUCACUAUGUGAUUAUGAAUACUAAUGAGAGCGUUGUUUCGUGUA